UUUGGAUUUCUCCCUUCCCUUCCUUACAAUGUAUCCUGCUAUGCUCCCAACUCCUCCGCCCUCUCCGACUCCCCGCUGCUAUGCUCCCGAGGACCGCUUAGGAUUUAUCUUGGCCAACCGGCUGGAGCUCACCGGGAUCCUGGGCGUCGGUGCGUACGGAGUCGUCUACACGGCCGUGGACAUUCACACCAACACUCGCUAUGCCGUCAAGGCCCUCAACAAGGCCGGGCUGGAUCCCCGGCAACUGAAGUACCAGCAGCGUGAGAUUCGCCUGCACCAUCUGGCCAGCCAGCACCCCAACGUCGUUUCCCUGGUUCGCAUUAUGGACUCCUUGGAUUGCACCUACGUCGUAAUGGAAUUCUGCCCGGAAGGUGAUCUGUUCUCCAGCAUCACCGACAAGGGGAACUUUGUCGGCAAUGAUCCUCUGGCCAAGCGCGCGUUCUUGCAGCUGCUAGAUGCCGUGCAGUUUUGCCAUAACCUUGGAAUUUACCACCGCGAUCUCAAGCCUGAGAACGUCCUGGUGACGGACCAGGGAAUGACCGUCAAGCUAGCGGAUUUCGGCCUGGCCACCACGGACUACUUCACCUCGGAUUUCGGAUGCGGUUCAACGUUCUACAUGUCGCCUGAGUGCCAGCAGACCAACCCUCGCCCCAUGUCCUGCUACGCCUCAGCAGCCAACGACGUCUGGAGCCUGGGCGUGAUGCUCGUCAACCUGACCUGCGGUCGCAACCCAUGGAAGCGCGCCUCGUUCGAGGAUUCCACAUUCCGGGCCUACCUCAAGGAUCCGUCCUUCCUAAAGACCAUUCUGCCCCUGUCCACGGAGAUGGUGUAUAUCCUGUCGCGCGUGUUCGAAUGCGACCCAUCCAAGAGGAUCACCAUCCCGGAACCGCGCCAGCUGAUCGUGGAGUGCCCCUACUUCACCGAGACACCCGUGGCCCCCUGGGUGCCGGACCAGAUUCCUCAGGACCUCUUCGUCCAGCCUCAACCCUUCGCUGCCGUGGAACCCCUGCAUGCCCAGCCUUCCGGCUCCUCCUCGGACUCGUCGCACUACUCGGACUUCUCCGAGUCUGCCGUCUCCGACACUUCUGCUCUCACCGAGGACUACUCCGACUACAACUGCAUGUCGCCCGUCAUCUCCGAGCAGGUCCAGGUUCCGGACUGCAAGGUCGUGUUUCCCCAUUCCAUCUGUGUGGAUCACUCUAUCCCCACGGAUACCUUCACGGGACACCCCAUUUCGGUCUGCUGA